CCAAUGUGAUUUUUUAAAAGACAGUCUCCAGAGAAAAGAAAAAAUAAUUGCGGAAAAGGAGGAAUGGAUUGUUAAACAAAAAGAUAUGGAAGUAACUAUUGCGGCAUUACAGAAAGAAGUACAAACAUUACGCCGAUUGAAUAUUGAAUUGCAGGAAGCUGCAAUCUUAAAAGGAAAAGAAAUCCAAAAUUUCAAUGAAGGCAACAAUUUUAAUGUGGUUACAGGAAACAACCUAACAGUGUUAAAUAAACAUCCGGCAGUUGGUUAUAUAACGCCUGAUAAUAAAAGCAUUCAUCUUGGAUAUGGCGAAUACUUGCCCAAAACUGCAUAUGUUGCAGCUGCUUGCGAUUGCAGAAGGCCUGCAAUUUUUGUUCGGCAAAUCGCGAUUGUCUGUUUUCUUUGGAGACGCUUUUAA